CAGGUAUGACUGGCAUCCUGGUCACUUGGGCUGAGGGUUUAAAUGAGAGGGAAGCCAGCUGCUGUCCCCUGAGCUCAGACCUCGUUGGAGAGCCACCGCUGACAAUCGUGGUCCCAAAACUGGAUUAUCUCAACAGCCCUGCAACGGGAGGCAGGAGCAGGACCCCACAGAUUUCAGAACCUACAGAGUGAGACUAUGACCCAUGCAAGGUGAUACUGAAGAGGACCCAGAAACUUUGUGUUGACAAAACCAACAGGAAUUUUCAGCGGUCUUAUCGUUCUGCUUCAGCAACAAGAAGAGGACCUGGGUCAUCGGAAAAUAUGUUUUUUCUGGCUGGGGCCAAAAAAACUUCAGGAUUAGGAAGAGAAAAUGACAAGAGGUUAAUUUACCAGAAAUUUCGGGAGGUAGAUUUAUUGGACAAAAAGCAGACGGUGACAGCUCUAAAGCCUGGAGAAGAUCGGGCCAUUCUUCUUGGACUGGGAAUGAUUAUGGCUUCAUUUAUGCUCUACUUUGUCCUGGGGAUCACCAUAUUACGCUCCUACAUUGACAGCAACACUGAGUGUGUUUAUGUUCCCUGGUGCCAAAAGGACAGCGCGGCCAUGCAUUCUGUGGUCAUGAACAUUUCCGAGCGUCUGAAGGUGAACCAGCAGGUUCCUUGCUUCUACGACCCCACUGAGCACCAGGAGACCGUUCUACUGACCCGCCUCUACGACCACAGCGUCAUCUUCCACUCGCUGCUCUGGCCCUCGUGCAUGCUCAUGGGAGGGGUCCUCAUCAUCGUGAUGGUGAAGCUCACGCAGUACCUCUCCAGACUCUGUGAAGAAAUAGGGAAGAUCAAGAGGUGAAUUAUGUGCAACAGCUGUGAAAGUCAGGCAUGCAGUGGUUAAGUUAUGGACAUCUGAGAUGAAAGUGCUUUUUAAACCAGGUGAACUUUCAGUGACCUUCUUGCAGACGUUCCUUCUUGGCUGAGACAGUCAGAACCUCCACGGAGCAGUGAGGAUGUAGUUGUUUAUAAAAGUGGACUGAAUGUACCAAGGUGGAAAAUGUCAAACAUGUAACUGUCUGUUCCUGAGAAACAGUGGCUGUGUUUAGCAUGGUGUUACAAUGCAAAGCAUUUCAGGGUGUUUGUUAUACCACCGUUUGGUUUAUUACAACUCUGCUCUCUGCUUGAACCUGCCAGCCGAUAAUGAUGAGCACUGUUACAGCUUUGAAACAGUUCUUGUAUUUUAGUAAUCACGUGCGAAUGUUUUGUAAAAACACAUUAUUUUAUUAUGAACAAUGCCAACAAGUGCACAAAAUAUAACCUUGAAGUGAACAAAUUGAUCAAAACCUGAUAUGGUUUUAUUUAUUUGUGAACGUGUGAAACAAAGUUUA